ACUUAGCAAUGACUCUUCUGCAGCCUUUCAAUGCCUCGGUACUUUGGCUUUCAGUGUUGGUGGUAAUAAGUUCAGUUAACACAGAUAAACCUGAAAAGAAAAUUUGUUCCUACCCAGGAAUUCAGUGCAGUGCUCCUGCAGUCAACGGCUUACCGGGCAGAGGUGGAAGAGAUGGUUCCAAAGGUGAAAAGGGAGAACCAGCUUUGAUUUUAAAGAGCAUCAAGAGUAUUGGUGAAAAAAAAAUCGUUGUCUCAACUGGAAAAGAUGAUACUUUUGACAAUGGAAAAUCCCUGGCAAAAGCUGGAAGUGCACUUGCUUCUCCUAGGAAUGACGCUGAGAUUACAGCUUUAGACUUAAUAAGACCUUCAAAGCAGGCUUAUAUGGGGAUAUCUGAUGAACAGACUGAAGGCAAGUUCGUGUAGCUGAACGAAGGGGCUGUAACUUACAGAAAGUGGAAUGAUGGAGAAUCAAAUAAAUCAAAAAACAAAGACUGAGUAGCACAAGAUUCUGGAAAAGGGAAUUACGAUGAUUGUUCAAAUUCAUGUCUUAAUUACCUGUGGGGUCUCCAGCUGAUGCGUCUAAGAAAACCCAAAGUUUUGCUCUCAGUUAUGUGGUUGAUGGAGAACUUUGUUCCCAUAAAGGUAUCCUGGAGUAACCAGAACCAGAGUGUAUUUAUAAUUGUUUUCUCUUUGACAUUCAGUUUUCAAUCUCCUAAUAAAAUACAGAUUUAAUUUCUUCAA